AUGAAAGUCGUGAGUUUCUGGCUCGCCGCGCUCUUGGAAGCGCAGAAAGUAGAUAAAGGACCAACAAGAGGACCUCGCGGAAGAGGGCGAAAACUUCAAGAGCUUCAAGCACUGUAUCAAUCGCAGCUGAAACAGAAUCAAUCGAGAAUUUUGGAAAGAGCUUCAGAACUCGAGGAAGACAGCGAGUUAUCCAGAGCGCUUUCAUUUUCCUUCCUUGAGCAAUUUUCCAAGUACAAAGCCUGGCGUGAAUCAGCCCGAGACUCGAACAACGAUUUGUUCAUUUCGUUCGAUGACAACCGUGAUAUGAUCAUCCAACAACUCGACCAUCACCUGGCAGCUUCUCAAGAUUCCCCUUACGACAAGCUUCCGAACUACGACCAGCUCCUGGAGUACGGCUGCUAUUGCAACUUGCUCGAUCAAAAGAUAACUCAAGGACAAGGAGACCCAGUUGAUGAGAUUGACGAGGCUUGCCGCGCUUGGAGAAGAUGCUCUUAUUGUUGA